ACCCUUUCGAUAUAUUUCAUAAUCUUAAUACUAUCAAAAUAAGAAAAGCCCAAGGGUCGUCGAGAAGUGAGGAAGGAAGAAGGAGAUGGCGAAACUAAAGAGAGACGAACUGAAUCAAACCCUUUCUAGUUAUCUCAGCACCAUCAACGAUACUCUCCAGUUGUUCGAGCACUCUCCUCCUCUGACACAAGUCAAACUAAACUGGAAAGAUGUACUUCAGAUGUCUGAUCACCUCUCCAGACAAGCCACCAUAGUUGGAAUGCUAUGGACUGGAGAACCUCCAAAAGCUGAAGCAUUGAAAGAGACUAUGGAUUCAUACUACAACGCCUUACAAGGGUUUUUGUUGCUUUGCCAUGGAAGCAUGGUUGGUGCUGGUCCUACCCUUUCUUCAUCCAUACAAGCCUCUGCGAAGCAGAUUGUUGAUUCCAGCUUCAAGUUGCUGCAUGGUUCUGUCUCCUUAUACGGAGGAGGGUUAUAUGAGAAAGACAGGAAGCCGUCAAUACCGCAGCUUACGGGAGCUGUGUGGGAGGCAUGCUCUAACUUAAAGAAGGUUCCUGAAACAAACAUCAAAGCCAUUGGCCGAGCGAUGACAAAAGUGGCUGUUUCUGUUAAGGAUGUUCUUAGGGAGAUGAAGGAGCUGAAGCCAGCUUCAGCUUGUUCGUCACCCGAGCAUGUUGUUUGUGUAAACUCAGAUGAAGAUGAUGACGAUGAUCUAGGUGAUGACUUGUCUCCUGAAGAGCUGGAAGUUGCUGCAUUGGUAGCUGAUGUCGUGUCUGAAACGCUCGUGGUGGUGAAAGAACUCAUCCGCGCUAUUGCAAGCAUGGUUAAGCUGGAGAAUCCAGAGGACAAGGGUGGGUUUGUGGACUCGUUUGAGAAGCUACUCAAGUUGUGUCAAGGAACAGGAGAACAUAUUGAUGAGCUUGGAGCCUGUGUGUAUCCUCCGCAAGAGCUUAGUCUCAUGAAACAAAUACUGGAGAGAAUAAAGGGAGACAUCAGUGAGGUUGAGGUUGAUGUUAAGGGUUUCAUGAACUCUUCUUCAUCAGAAGCUUUCUUAGGAUCAUGCACAAGGCUGCAGAGUUUGAUUGAACAUAUGGUGACCGAGCUGGACACGAGAUUUGAAGAUGAAGUAGUUUCCAAUAUGCAGAAUGUUACUCUUUAACACUUGGGUUUCUUACUUGGAUUCAUGUGCUUCAGUGACAGCUAUAUGAAAUGAAGAUGUUGCAUA